GGAUUAUCAUAAAAUCAUCAAGCAGCCAAUGGACAUGGGAACUAUUAAAAAGAGACUGGAGAACAACUACUACUGGAGUGCACUGGAGUGUAUGCAGGACUUCAAUACAAUGUUCACUAACUGCUAUAUCUACAACAAGCCCACAGAUGACAUUGUGCUGAUGGCCCAAAGCCUGGAGAAGUCCUUUUUACAGAAGGUAGCACAGAUGCCCCAGGAUGAACAAGAAGUACCCAAUACUGCAAACAAGAGCAAGCAAGUGAAGAGUGUCAAACCUCCAGCUGUCACGGGUGGAAUCACAACUGCACAUCAAGUCCCAGCCGUCUCAUCCAUGUCUCAGUCUUCACUGUACCCCAGCUCCCCAGAAACACCCACCACCAUUGUUAAUAUACCACAUCCACCUGUCCUCUCUAACUCUGUGAUGAAACCAAUGCCCCCUGCGCAGACACUGAUGCCUGUGGUUCCAGCAGCCACACAACCUAUAGCAAAG